GAUUGACUGUUGCCUGGCGAAGACCGUAAUGCACGGCGCGGCGAUCGUUGGCUCCGAGCCGAGUAUUGAGCGGCGCAUCACGAUUGCCUGCUCGAAAGCUAGUUGUGAGCAACGAGCGGGCCGCGCGGGUCGUGUUGACGGAGGUGGUUUCUGCUACCGGUUGUGCACCAAGGAGUACUACGACUCACAGUUACCCGAGCACAGCGUGCCUCAAAUCGUGCGAGAAGAUUUCUCUCGCUCGCUUUUCUUGUUGAAAUGUCUAGGGUUAGACCGCAUUUGCGAGAACUUUCGCUUCCUCACGCCUCCUACGGCAUGCGCCUUGCAGACUUCAGUGGCACAGCUGCAUUCGAUAGGUGCCUUAGACGAGGCCGCUGCUCUAUCCCGUCCUUUAGGCUCUUUAAUGGCCCAGAGUGUCACGCUGCUGGAUAAUGUCCUCUUACUCAAGUUCCUUUUCGUUGCCCUGGAUGCGCAAAUCGACGACCUCGAAUACAUGAUACAAGUCGCUGACACGGUUUCAGACGGCGAGGAUGAGGAGGAUGUGGCAGAUGCGCUAGGGAAGACGACUCGAGUUGCUUCGCACAAAUCGGGCAAAAAAUAUGACAAGCAAGGGUUUCUGCUACGGCCAAAGGGCGGCGCCGGUGAGGCAGGGAAUGAUGGAACCGGUGGAUUGGACUUUCUGGACGACGGAACCGGGGGGGUCGUCUCUGAGGAAUCACUAUCAGAGGAGAAGCAUCGAAAAGCCCUGUUCAAGGCACUGAAUCAGAAAACAACGCCGCAAGCACAAUUGGACCGUCUGGAGACUGCUGCUGUGAGCACGGGAGGCAUCUUGAACCAAGCGAUCACGAUUGCGGCCAUGUGCCAAGUAAGAUCGCCGUUUCAAGAGAGUGGGCGGAACAAAGCCAGACUUCACGUCUGCAAGCAGUCUUUGGGAGUGCGGGAAGGCGACUUUGUGUCCCUUCUGAACGUGUACUCGCAGUGGGAAGAGCACCAAGAAGAUCGAGACUGGUGCAAGCGCUACAUGUUGAAUCGGAGCAGCCUUGUGAAAGCUCGAGAUAUUCGGCGGCAGCUCAUUGUCUUCUUUGUGCGAAAAAUCCUACGACAGGAGUUGUUCUCAUCGAAAAACUUUCGAAACAAAGAUGCGCAGCUGCGCUUCGGAGAUAUUCGGAAUAGGAUAAGAACAUCUCCGACAAUGGCGUUAGGAUCAGGAGGAAAUCAGAUUUCCGCCCAAGCUGCUUCUACUGCAGCUUCCAUAUCCGGAGGAUCUGCCGGCCCAGCUGCGGCAUUGAAAGCUGUGAAUGCGGCAAACGCUUCGAAACAGAAGAAGGCACUCCAGGAAAUCGCCCGGAUAAUCGCGGACGAGAACUUGUCUCUCCUCAUAGCGUUUCCUCCGGGCUCGGACCGUCAUCGUGUCACCCUGCUUCAAAAAUGCGCUUGCGCGGCCCUCUUUGUCAACGCCGCGGCCAAAAACGGAGACGGUACUUACACGCGUUUGGCACCGAGUUCUUCGUCUCCGGCUCUCGGAAAUGGUUUUUCAAGCGGCACAUUGCAGUCGACAGAUGACGCACCGGCACUUCGAUUAGGUCCCUCGUCGUUCCUCCACGAACCAACUAGUGACGCAACCCUCGGCGGCCCUCCGCACAUCGUUUUCUUGUCGGCAAUAUCCUCAAACGGCGCAGAUGCCCACAUGUCUGGCGUUACCCCGGUGGAAUCUUCCUGGCUUUCAGAAGUCGCACCCCAAAUAUUCCAACCGCAAGCACCGCAGACAUACCUUAACAACCUUCGUGAUGACAUUUCGGACGAUGAAAGAAAGAAGAAGAAGCGAAAAAAGUAAAGGACUUUGAUUCAUCCUGUCACCAAUCUGGCAAAAAAACUUAUUUUUUGGAGUAGAGUUUGAUUUCAAGUAUGGAUUGAACGUUUUCACACGUAAUCGAAGCAAAUUCGUUUACAGGUACUGAACAACAACGACUAUGGUAUUUAGUUUUUAUUCAUGUAUUUCGUCAGAAGAUCCUAGAAGAAAAGAACUCUGUUGACGCACAACUCGACGAGACGAUUGUUCCACCCCCCUUGGCUACACAUACGCACGUGCUUCCGCCAC